AAUUGUGCUUGUAUUAAUAUCUGAGAAUUUUUUUAAGAUAUUUGAUUUCAUUAUAAAAUUUCUUUAUUUGAAUAAAUUAUUACAAAAAUUUUGGCGAUAUUGACUACUUAUACUCUUUCCAACGUUUUGUAAAGAGCUCAGCAAGGCAACCAAAUAAGAGAGAUCAUAGUAUGAAUUAACUUACAACGUUUUAUUAAAAUCAUGUUGGUAACGAAACCAAACAAACCCAAGUUGUUUAAACCAUCCAACUCUGCUUUUGGUCCUGGUUUACCGCUUAAUAGUCUCCCAGGUUGGGAAAAUAUACCACUGAAUUCUAAAUUACCUAUGCUGAGAUGUCCCCAAAAUCAAGUUAUCUUUACAAAAACAAAGAUUGGCAAAACGUUAACAUAUAAUUGUUAUAGAGAAAAUCAAAAUUCACUUAUACGGCCAGAGUUUGAUAUGUCAAUCGAUUUUACCAAAUUAGAGUAUAAUUCUCUUCAUGAUCCCCAUUUAAAAAACUUUUACUCAAAUGAACGAAAUUUGAUACGUUUACGUCAAAAUGGUGAAAUUACUCAAGAUAACGAUGUGAUCUGUAGUUUAAGGGAUUUCAAUCAAUACCGAAUGCUACUCUAUAAAGUUUGUUCAGGUUAUAAAAAUGCUCGAAUUAGUACCCAUGAUAGUGAUGAUCGUGAUAAGAAACUAAUUGAAUGUGCCGAAUCCAUUACUAAACAUGAUUAUAUAAAUCUUGAGGCCCGAAUGCAUGGAUAUACUGAAAUUAACACACGUAAAAGUGUUCAUAUAGAUGUGCGUGAGAAACGUUUUGUAAAUUUAUGGAGUGAUGUUUUGAAACGUUUAAAGAGAAUAGAGAAACAGCGUCGCUUGGAAAAAGAAGCCAUGGAACACCAAAAACUUCUUAAGUUUCUGAAAAUGGAACGUAUUAAGGAAAUUCGUUAUGAUAUAUUCAGAAAACGAUUAAAUAAGCUAAAAAGUCAUUUAAAGGAUAAAGAAAUACGUUUGAAGUUAAAUAUUAGUAGACGAAAAGCUAAAUUACAAAAAAUUGCAGAUGCUAAAAAUGAAAAAUCAUGGGAACUCCGUUUAAAGCAGCGAUUUGAGCAACAGGAGGAACUCAAAGUUAGAACUUUAGCUUUGGCUGCUAAAAAAGCUGCAUUUAUAAAGAUUCAUAUGGACAAGUGUAGAGAAAAAUGGACUAGGGACCAAGUUAAAAUGAAGCUAGCAGCUGAAAAACGAAACAAAAAACUUAUGGAAAAAUUGUUUGGAAUGACAAAGAAAAAAAGGAAGAGGAAAAAGAAGAAGAAGAAGAAAGUACAAAAAGUGGCAGAAGAAAAGCCCCCCUGUCAAGACCAACCGAACAAAGUUUCCCAACAAAUUAUUGACUCAAAUUUAGCUUUAACACUAAAUCUUGUACUUGAUAUGGAAACUAAAAAAGCAAUUCCACUAAGUAACGAUGAUCCAGCAUAUAAAGCAGCUGAAUAUGUCUUACGAGAAAUUAUAAAUACUUUUGACAAAGAUUUAAGUGAUGAUAAGAAGGCAUAUAAAGCUGUUUCAGAUCAAAUCCAAAAAUAUAUUCAAGAAGCGAAAUUAAUAGUUUCUAGUAGAGCAAUUAGAUUAUAUGCUUCACUUCGACGUAAUGAAAACCGAACAGAAUACCGACGUUGUAAUGGUGAAGAAAAGACACCUGAACGUCGUUCAUUGGCAUCGAAAUGUGUAGGAUUUGAAGAAACACUCCUAACGAUUGGAACAUCAAGCUAUGAACCUCAUCCAUGUCAAAAUAUAAAACGAUCAUCACUGAGAACACCAACACCUGCAGGUUCAUUAGCGUCGAUUGCACUUGGUUCCGAUGAAGACAUUAAAAAACGAAUGAAUUUAUCACACUUGUCACGUAACGAAAUCAUUUACAUUGAACAUAUGCUUGUUAAAUUUAUGAGAGAAUUGAUCGUCACAAUGGAUAAUAGAGUAUUUAAUGCCGUUAGGGUACACUUAGAGGGGAAAAUUUAUGACGUUCGUCGAGACUUGAUUAAUGUGGAUGAAAAUUUUCUUGUCACAGAAGUAACGCAAGGUAUUUUAAAAUACGCCAAAGAACCUGAGGAUUAUGAGGGCACUAUAAUAUUUUGCGCUGAUGUGCUUUCCAGCCAAAUUGUUUUCUCUCUUCAAAGUAGCAUAUUACGCAUUAAACGUGAUCCACGCUGUAUUGUAGAACCUGAUUGUGAGAGACAUCGUGACAAUCUCUGCCUGUUUUGUGAUUAAUAACAAUCAAUUCGCCUGUGACAAAAAAAUUAUAAGUAAAAAUUAUAAUUCUAGCAAUGAAUAUUCGUAACCUUUGGAUGGAAAUUAUAU